AUGGCAGUCGAUGUUAAAGAAAGACAUAACUCCUACACGAGAGGAAACCGCUUCGCGACCAUCGGUAUCAAGAAGCUCUACCCAACUCUCGGUCCCAAGAUCGAAGGAAUAAAGGAAGCAAAUUCAAGCGAGAAACAGCUCGACAAGCUGUGGAAGAUAGUGGGAGAAGCGUAG